AUGAGCGAGCAAGCGCAGGUCUUGCCUUACCCACGCUAUUGCUUUCACCUGUCGCCGACUGCUAAUAAUUGGUGUUUGCUUCGCGUGUCCGACAUUCACGCCCUCAAGCAGCACGCAGGCUUUGAAGGAGAAAACUUUUUCUUCUACAGAAAUUUGCCCAUCAAAUGGGUCCGAGUUGUCGGACCAGUUGUGGCAAUAGAUGAGUUCCAUGGCCGACGCGUCUACACCAUCGAUGACAGCAGUGGAAAAUGCAUUGAAGCGUUGAUCAAUAUGCAACCACCCACUCCGGUCAACAAUGUAGCAGAAUUACAAUACCAACCUGGAACGGCUGCUGGUGAUGCAGCAAACCCCGGUGCUCUCCAUAUCUUGGAUCCGCCUGGGCCAUAUGGCAACGUAGACGUUGGCGAUGUAGUCGAUGUCAAGGGCGCCUUGUCUACGUUCAGGGACGAGAAGCAGAUAAAGAUCGAGAAGCUGCUCAUAGUGAAAAGUACAGCUCAAGAGGUUAAAAUGUGGGGAAGGAGAUCGAAGUUUCGCCAUGAAGUCCUUGAUAAUCCUUGGAUCCUGUCCGAUAAAGAGAUUCGUCGUUGCCGCAAAGAAGCCGAAGCUUCACAAGCAGGUUCAGAAAGAAAGAAGAAACGUCUUGCAGCCAAUUCAGAGGCCAGCACGAGUACAAGGCAAAUAAAGGCAAAGACGCUAGCCCCAGGUUUAAGCCACGAGUCCGUCAAACCAAAGGCGAAAGAGAAGACAAAUCUGAAACUUGAUACUGCAGCAAGAGUAAAGGCCUUGAUACGCCAGGGCUCAGCCAAAGGAAAGUACAGCGCUUUGGGUUUAUGA